AUGAUGCAAGAAAAGACUGAGCAGCAGCAACAGCUUCCGGAUCAGCAUCAUCCACCAGCAUCCAAUGAUGAGAAAUGGCAACAACAGCAGCCGUCAAACAUGAGCACUGAAGAACGUAUGUCGGUGACUGACAAGAGCCUUAUUGAUCAAGAGUCAGCGUUAUCCAAUACAAAUGACGAAGAUUUACCACCUCGAAAGCUCCUAUGGGUUAUUCCUCUUGCACCACAUGUCAAUCCCAUUCGCUUUGUAUGCUUUUUAUUCGCUGUAUUUGUGUCCAUGUCUAUCAUUGUAUACUUUGCCGCAGCCCAAGCUUGGACAUUGAGCUCCGUAUUGAUGAUAAGCGACAACACAGGCGAUGCUACAGGAUCACUUGGCACGUACUCGGAAGUAAUGUCAGUGGUUGCUGUUGUAGUAUGGGGCACACUUUCGGAUCGAAUCUCCAAACGCAGCAUUAUGAGCAUCUCGUUGAUGAUUAUGGGAAUCAUUACGAUAGCCUAUCCACAUGCAAACAACUUGUAUCCAACGUUGUUGAUCCUUCGCUUAAUUUAUUCGGUGGGUACGGCUGGUACAACAUGUAUGAUGGCAGCUAUGAUGGUGGAAGCUAUGCACAAGCGAAAUGGUAUCUUGGCAGCAAUGAUUGGUGCUUGCACAGGUCUCGGUGCCAUCUUUGCGGUCUUUUGUCUCUUUGACGUUCCCUCUCAAUUAUCAUACAUGCAAGAUUCCAUUACAGACCCAAUCAACAUCAUCGUCAGCUACGCCAUCAUUGGUGCCGUAUGUACUGUUCUUGGUCUUAUCCUAUGGCCUGCCAUGCCACCCACUGUGCACCGCGUUAAAGGUGAACAUUCGUUCAAGAACUUCUUUUUACGCUUGUACAAUGGUAUGAAGGCAGCCAAAGAUCCUCGUAUUGCACUCGCUUUUGUCACAAGCUUUUUCGCACGUUCGGAUGAAGUCAUUGUCAGCAACUUUAUCUCGUUAUGGGUUCAGCAAUAUUACAUUGAACAAGGCGUUUGCCAAGUAGGCGCAAGCUGUUAUCAAGGAAUGGCAUCAACAUCGACAAUGACUGGUAUUGCACAAGCUGUGGCUCUUGUAUCGGCCGUCUUUUUUGGUGGUGUGAGCGAAUACUUGCCUAGAGAAGUGGGUGUCCUUUGUGCAGGCAUUAUUGGUGCUGUAGGUUGUUUGCCAUUUUCCAUGUCAGUGGACCCUACCAGCAACACCAGCCUUGCCUAUGUGAUCUUGAUUGCUAUUGGCCAAUACGGUAUGAUUAUUUCAGGCAUGGCCAUGCUUUCGGGAGAGUACGUAUCACAAGAGAUCCGAGGCAGUGUAGCGGGUGCCUAUUCGUUCUGUGGAGCUGUGGGCAUUAUCAUUGUCUCCAAAGUAGGCGGUGUGCUCUUUGAUCAAUUCAAAAAAGGUGCGCCUUUCCUCAUUCUUGGUAUUGGUCAUUUGGUGUGCUCUCUCUUUGCAAUAGCUCUUCUUGCUGUACGACUCUACAAGUACCUUAAAAACCGAUCACGAUAA